CUCUUCCUUUAGAAUGUGUAAUGCCAACUGAUUGUAAAGCAUGGAAAGAACUGGGAAUGAAACAAAAUGGAGUAUAUCCUAUAAAACCAGAUUAUGGACCAGCUUUCCAAGUAUACUGUGAUAUGGAGACUGAUGGUGGUGGAUGGACUGUAUUUCAGAGGAGACAAGAUGGAUCUGUUAAUUUCUUUAGAUACUGGACUGACUACGAGAAUGGAUUUGGUAACCUUACUGGUGAGUUUUGGUUAGGAUUGAGCAAGAUUCAUCGUCUUACUAAAGAAGGAUCAAACACACUAAGAGUGGACCUGGGAGACUUUGACAAUAAUGCAAGAUAUGCUAACUACUCUACAUUCAGUGUUAGUGAUGGUCGUACUGAAUAUAUACUAACAGUAGGAGGAUACUCUGGUACUGCUGGGGAUAGUAUGGCCUAUCAUAAUGGACUGAGAUUCAGUACAAGAGAUAAUGAUAAUGAUCCGGUAGGAAGUAACUGUGCUCAAGAAGGCUCUGGCGCAUGGUGGUAUAAAAGCUGCUAUCGUUCAAAUCUUAAUGGUCGUUACUAUAAUUCAGCAACUAGUAAUGCAAAUAAAGCAAUUAAUUGGCUGGAGUGGAAAGUGGUUAGUCUUAAAUUCACAGAGAUGAAAACUUAUCGUAACAACUAAAUACUGUCCCCCACACACAUAAGUGUGUUUACAUUGUGCUGAUAAAUUAUUAUGCCAUUUCAAUAUUAC